AUGAGAAAUUUUUAUGUGAUAGCAAGUGGUUAUUUACUUUUUACAAUGACUGAUUCUUCUUUAAGAAUGACUGUAUUAUUAGAAUUAUUUCAACGUAGAUACAAUGCACUCGAAAUCUCUUACAUGUUUAUAUUAUACGAAUUUAUUGGAGUUUUUAAAAAUUUAUUUGGAGGAAUAAUGGGAUCAAGAUUAGGAUUGAGGUUUUGUUUAUUGGUUGGUUUGACAGCACAAGUAAUUGGAAUAGCCAUAUUAUGUGGAUUACAAGCUGAUUGGAGUAAAGCAGUAGUGAUCAUUUAUGUAGUUAUUGCGCAAGGCUUCAGUGGUAUUGCAAAAUAUCUGGUCAAAAUAGGUGGUAAGUCAGUUACAAAACUAGUAACAAAUGAUCAAGAAAAACCCAGAUUGUUCAAAUUGGUUGCUUGGUUGACUGGUGCGAAAAAUUCGAUUAAGGUUCCACUACCAUUAUUUUUACGCGGACCUUCAAUUGGCUGGUCAUAUAUUCCAACUGGAGCGUUCCUCGCAGGGUGGGUGAUGUUUUAUGUAUUUAUACAAUCAAUUACUCCACAGCUAAUUUUAAAACCAAUUAAACAAUAUCCAUUAAAAAGUGGCAAAGUUUUAGUUCCGGCAACAUUUCUUCUACUAUUAUUAUCAAUUGGUGUAGCUAUUGGAAUGACUGUAGUCCAACCAUCGCCAUCCAUCACAUUAAAAUAUGUUUCAUUAUUAGUGUUAUUAUUUGUUGGGUUAUUUUUAUUUGCACUUAUAUUUGCAAUAAAUUCAUCAAUACACUCAUUUCUGAUAUUGGCAUAUUGUAAACAUGAUAAGGUGGCAGCAAAUAUAGGAUUUUAUUAUAUGGCAAAUGCUCUUGGUAGAGCGUGGGUUCCUCGACCAGAUGAAAAUGAACCUUAA